AUGGAGACCAUCGAACUAGUCGUCAUCGGCUCAGGCAAGUCCUGUCUUUCUGGCCUUGCCAUGGCCAAAACCUACCAUCAAUUCCACCCCACCCUUUCUCUCGCCAUCUUCGACAAAGCCGAAUCCAUAGGCGGUGUCUGGGCCCAGGAACGCCUUUAUGACGGCCUGCGCACCAACAACCUCAAGGGCACAUACGAGUACCUCGACUACCCCAUGGACCCCCAAACAUUCGGCGUCAAGCCAGGGGAGUACAUAACCGGUCCCGUGAUGCACAAGUACCUGACGAGCUACGCCGAGGCUUUUGACAUCAUGGACAAGAUCCGUCUUCGGCACACGGUGCUCACGGCUGAGCAUAACGAAGAUGGAGGGAAUGAGGGUGGGUGGGUGUUGACCGUGGAAUGUCCUGAUGGAGAGAAGAAGACGGUGUUGGCGAGGAAGAUGGUGAUGGCUACUGGACUGGCGUCUGAGGCAAUUUUGCCGGAUUUCAAGGUGCAGGAGGAGUUUGGGGCGCCGUUGUUUCACAGUAAGGAGUUUAAAAAAUAUGGCGGGACGCUGGAGAGCGCAACGAUUGUUACGGUGCUUGGGGGGACCAAGUCGGCCUGGGAUGCGGUGUAUGCGUAUGCGUCGAAAGGGAUUAAGGUAAAUUGGGUUAUUCGAGAGACCGGACAUGGACCGGCGUGGAUGGCGCCGUCGUUUGUGACGCCUUUCAAGCUAUGGUUGGAGGCGUUGGUUCAAACUCGAAUCCUGACAUGGUUUUCGCCAUGCAUCUGGGGAGCCGCCGAUGGCUUCUCGCUAAUCCGGAGAUUUUGGCAUGGGACAGCCAUCGGGCGAGCAAUCACCAACGGCUUCUGGUGGGCGUUGGGGAACGACGUCAAGACGAUCAACAAGUACAGUUCACACCCGGAGAUCAAGAAGCUCGAGCCAUGGGCGCCAGCCAUGUUCGUUGCCUCCAGCUUUUCCAUCCUCAAUUUCCCAACAGACUUCUUCGACCUCAUUCGCAAUGGAACCGUCAGCAUACACAUUGCCGACGUUACGAAGUUGUCGCCCAAGACGGUACACUUGUCCAACGGAACGAAGCUAGCGACCGAGGCCCUGUGCUGUGUCACGGGGUGGAAGCACGUACCACCUGUGAAGUUUCUGCCGGAGGGCAUCGAUAAGGAGUUGGGCCUGCCUCAUUUCCCGGGGGGUGGUGACGCUGAGCCUCUGUUUACGGACGAGAUGGUGGCGCGAGCCGAUGAAGAGAUUCUCUCGAGGUUUCCGCGGCUCAGGGACCAACCUGUCAUCAACAACAGGUACAAGCCCAUGACGGAUACUGAAGGCCUUUCAACGGGAGACGGGCAAAGCCCUCAGCCGGCCCGGUUAACCCCGUGGACGUUGUAUCGGUUCAUGGUACCGCCGUCGUCCAGGUUUCUGAUAACGAGAGAUAUCGCAUUCAUCGGGUACUUUUCCAGCUUCUCUUCUGGGCUCUCCCUGUAUCCCCAGGCCCUCUGGAUCUCCGCGUUUCUUGACGAUAAGUUGCCCCUUAGUGUGAUGCCAUCCAGAAAGGUCAUGCUGGACGGGAAGUCGAAGCUCAAGGAAGGAACAGUGGGCGCAAAGGGAAAGACGAUGGAAGAGGUGAGGUACGAGGCUGUUCUCCAAGCACGAUUUGGGAAGUGGCGGUAUCCGGCGGGCCAUGGACACCAGUUCCCAGACUUUGUGUUUGAUGCGCUGCCGUAUAUCGACUUGAUGGUUGGUGAUCUGGGACUGAAGGUUCACCGGAAGAGAAGCUGGUUGGCGGAAAUGAUCGAGCCGUAUGGACUAGAGGACUACAAGGGCAUUGUGAGCGAAUAUGCGGAGAAGUAUGAAGGGAGGGUGGAUGCUCCUACACCUCCGGCUCCGGCUCUGGGUCCGGGUCGGGCUCAAGCGGCAGUAGCUCCUCUCUGGAAGUCCAACGCCUCCGAGAUCCGUGACGUCAGCAAGUCCUUCAGCUCCACGGCCUCGAGCUCGACCGACAGCAAGGUCAAGAGCUAUGCCUCAUCAGAGGCAUCCCGGUGGGCUACCAUGGCCAGUAACACUGAUUCUAUGGCGAAGAAGUAA